AUGGGCGAUUCGCCGCCGCUUUCGUUGACGCCCGAUCCCAAUGAUUAUCCUCCUGGCUACGCCGAGGAGAGUAACGCUGGUCGCAUCGUGGGCAUCAUUGCCGUCUUCCACUUCAUAGCCCUUGCUUUCGUGGCCCUUCGCGUUUACGCGCGCCUUUUUAUGGUCAGAGCAUUUGGCGUCGACGAUGGACUCAUUAUUGUCUCCGCUCUGCUUGGACUUUGUGCUUGGAUCUGCCUCGUUGUCCAGACCCAGUACGGCCUCGGCAAGCAUGCCGCCUUUACACCAAUUGACGACCGGAAAAGGUUCGAGGAAAUCACCUUUUGGAAGACUGUCUUCUCAGACGGGGUGGCAAUGGGACUGCUGAGGAUCUCCAUGGCCCUCUCGCUGAUGCGUUUGAAGAGAGACUUGAAAUGGUAUACGUGGUCGCUCUACGCUGUCAUUGCCUUUGUGGUGCUAUACUCGAUUCAGGCCAUUGUCUGGCUGUUCGUGUACUGCACCCCUUUCUCCGGAUGGUGGGAGUUCCAGUGGAUGAACCCCUUUGACCCGCGGUGCCACGACUUCAACAUCUUCCUGAACCUGACAUACUGGAACAUUGCUUGCAACAUCUUCACCGAUGUUUGCCUCGGAGCCUUGCCGGUCCCUAUUAUAUGGAAUCUCAAAAUGAAGCUUCGCGUCAAACUCUACGUGAUUGGCAUUCUGAACCUGGGAUAUCUGGCUGUUCUAAUGGGUGUGCUCAAAGCCGUAUUUAUGCUCACGACUGGCGGCAGUCCCGACGCCAUCUUCGACUACUGGGUCCACUUCUGGCAAAACAUGCAACUCAACAUUGGAAUCAUCGCGGCCUGCGCCUCCUUCUUGAAGCCCCUAGUCGGCCGCAUGCUCAAGAUCAACAGCUCCGCAGGCUACUACCCAUCAGACCAGCCGUACAACCGAAGCGGCCACAUGGGUUAUGGCGGCAGCAACGCCUACGGCAUUCGCAGCGGACAAACUGGCACGGGGAGGGGCGGUCGAACCGUCGACGACGAAUUCGAGAUGCACGCCAAGAGUGGGACGGUGGUACAUGCGCAGGGAGACUCUUCUACAGCGGGAACGAGAUCAGACCACGGAAGAGACGGCUACGGGGGAGGGAUCUCCGAUAACAACAGCGAGGAGAUUAUUUUGCAGAACUCAGCGCCCACGCCGGGGAUCAUGUGUACCAAGGACUUUGUUGUCGAGUACGACAGUAAAUAA